AAUUCCCGCAUGAGCAGAUGGACUUUGUCUAUCACGUGACCAGUGUUCAUGUCGCCCGCCCGGUCGUAACAACAGUGAAACAGUGUCAGGGACAAGGUUUCUGGACUCCCGAGUCUCCGGUUUUCUGUCAGCACUACUCAAGCGUGACGUAGCCUGCUACACUGAAAGACUACAAGUAAUAGAAACACGUUGAUGUCGCUUGAUGUGUGAACAUUUGCCAGACUUCGUCAGUGUUUGUUUUAAGCCGCUAUCAGCAGGAGCUGCUAUCACUCACAAUAGGCAAGUGUGUCACUGUCACUGCCAUCUCUAUCUAGAUGAUCCCCUAGCGUUGCCGGGCAAGUGAUGACUGAGUCCUAGCAGAAGAACAGGGUGGCUACAUUUGAAAAUGUUUCAAAGCACUUUGGUUUAUUAAAUAGGUUAAGAAUAGGUUAAAAUAAAAUAUUAAAUUUUUUAUAAUUUACGUAGGGUAUGCACGCAUGUGUGUACAUGUGUAUAACUGUGCGGGCACGUGAAUGCAAGCAAUAUGUCAUAAAGAGUGGUGUGACUAAGAGAGCGACAGUUCUAAAACAGAGGAGCGGCGAUUUGUGGAAAAAACAUGGCAUGACACUAUGCCCUACUCAUAUGAAACCGGUCUUUCACUAUGGCAGCAGUAGUUCAGACACACGAACGAGAGUGUGCCGUGUGUACGAAUGAUUUCAACACACCAAAGAUUUUACCCUGUGGUCAUCUCCUGUGUCGACAAUGUGUCAUUUCAUGGAUUAAAUCAAAAUCUGACCCCGGUUGCCCUCUGUGCACAUGUCCUAUAAUAGAUAACGAAGAUAAUUCAUCUCAAAGUUCAGCUAAUGUUGUCGACGCCCUGCCUACAGACAAUGUGAUGGAAGCGAUAGUAGAAAAUGCGAGUAUACUGGUGAAGAGUGACAUGUGCACUGUAUGUGAUGACGUCACAGCUGAAUACAUCUGUAUGCAGUGUUUUGAAAAGAUGUGUCCAUCGUGUAUGAAGAUACACAGGAAGAUGGUAGUGAGCCGCAGUCACGAUGUGGAGAGUGUCAGCACUGUGACACCUGAACGUCUGGCUGCCAGCCGCCCUGCACUGUGUGCUGACCACGUCACAGAGAAGGCGGAGUUUGUUUGUGUUGAUCACAACCUUGCUAUCUGCACGCCAUGUUUUUCUAACAAACACAGGGCCUGCCUAGAUGUCAAGUCUCUGGAUGAGAAAAUGAAGUCAGCUGAAGACGCAAUAGGUUCAUUGAAAGAAAAGUUGAUUAAAGCAGAGGGCAAACUGAAGCAAGCAAUACACAACCUAAAUGUGCGCGUGCAAACAGCGGAUGUCACUGAACAACAAAACAUGGCGCUGGUGGACAAGACAUGUGACCGACUUCAGUCGAUGGUGGACGACUGUCGGAAAGAACUGAAGAAACUAAUUAGUGAUUCUGUGUCAAAGUUCAAGAAAUCCUUGUGUGAUGUCCAAAGCGAGCUGGACAAACGUUUAGGGAAAGUGACAUCACACAAACAUCUCGUGACGCGAGCCACAACAGUCAGACCGCGUCCCGCGCUGAUACACGCAGCCCAGACUCUGACAGACAGGGUCAACAGCCUUGACCUCAGUGAUAAAGUGGAAGCAGAGCUUUUGGUGACUCCAUCGUCAGAAAUAACGAAAUAUUGUGACGAUGUGGAGAGAGAUAUAGGCGAUGAGCUAAUGAGCAUCCGAGAGAUUGUUGUUGUAGAAAAACCAGUCCUUGUGUUCCAUGAAAACUGCGGAACCAACAUUCGUCUGACCAACUUCAGAAAGACCGCACGGAAGGUUGAGCCUGACAAGUACAGCGACGGUGUGAUCGUGUCACGUGACGCCAUGGCUGUGAACGUCUUGUAUGAAGUCAGAAUAGACGAAAUAAAUACGUCAGCUGGAAGCAAUUUAUUGUUUGGUGUGAUGGGCGUCCCUCCUACACAGCUCACUCUGCCCUCGUGGUCUUUUAACCUGAAAGAUUCCGUCUUUAUUUGGCAAAAUGGAGUGCGCUACAAGGGUAUCGUUAUCAGGUCUAAUGUCGUUAAAGCUCUCAAACUCCUCAAAGUCGGGAGUCGUGUUGGACUGUUGGUGGACUCAUCAAACGACCUUCACUUUUACGCCGAUGGACAGGACCAGGGUGUUGCAGCAAAAAAUGUUCCUCAGCCCUGCUUCGCCCUCUUUGAGCUUUGCUACAAUGUUAGUCAGGUGACAGCCCUUCCCACUUCCAGGAGGACAUGAAGGACAUGUGAUAAUAAACAGAGAGAGACAAUAACAACAGCGAUAACACAUAUGUUAUCUACGACGACAUCGAAUCUGGCAAUGAUUUUAUUAGUUAACUCUACCUUGUGCUGCUGUUUGUUAAAUAAUUGAUGUAAAGAAAUUGUAAAAACAAAUAACGCAAAUUGAUGUAUUGCUCUGUACACUACCUAAUCGAAUAAAACAAUAAACUUUGUGUUAGCUGAUAUACCGUGCACAUUUUCUUAAUUUUGUUUUUGUUUUUUUAUUGUGUGACUCGCUAUAACAAGAAAAGUCAUGCUACAUUUACAGGACUUUAUCAUAGGUAGAGACUAUUUACAUUUGUGUUCUUCAACCUGUUGUUUGUCAUGUACUUUUAGAAUACUUUGUUCAAUUGAAAUAUCUUAUGUAUUCAUUAAGUUUUAAUUUACCAGGUCAUACGCCAUUUGUUGUGUGGUUAUUUUUUUUUCUAUACCUGCAGACUAUAUUUUGUACUUUUGUUUCAAUGAGAUCUUGAGCCCAUGUUGAUGAAAACAUAUGAACAGUUUAUAACAACAUCGUCGUGCAUGCUAACAGACGACUUUUUAAUGUACAGUUGUGUAAGUGUCAAAGUAUGGAAGUUCUUAAGCUUUUGGACUUUGGAGACUCGUUGUAACAGUGUAAACCCUGUCUAACCAUUUUCUGUGUUACGGACAUUGAUGAGUAAAUUCUUUCAUCAGUUCCAUUAUGUCCUCUUCCUUGCUCAAUUGUCUUUUCUAUCUAAUGGACUUAAGAACAUAAAUUAAUCAAUAAACAAUAAAUGUGAA